GUUAGUCGCAUUGUGAUUGGUUUAAUUUGUCACGUGGUGACAGUCUCACGAAUUUGAAGUUCUAAGGUUCCAGGCGGUGUUCCUUUCAUAUGCAAAUAAGAGGGAGUUUCUUCCCGCCCGAAUUUGGACCGAUCUGAGCACCAAGUUGAACUCGUGUACCGGCUUGUGACUUUUGGAAGUCAUCAUGGCAGCCUUAGUAGAAAGACUUACAGCAUUCCACGAGUGGGCAGAGUCCACUUCAGACCCAAGGACCAAAGACUUGCCAUUCAUCAGUUCUCCCCUGCUCACCUAUGGCCUGGUGCUUCUCUACCUCUUGUUCGUGUGGCAGGGCCCCAAGUUCAUGGCCAAGAGAAAGCCUUUCGACCUGCGCUGGUUCAUGGCGCUGUAUAACGGUGUCCUCGUAGUCUGGAAUGGGUACAUCUUUUACGAGUUCCUGAUGACCACCUUCCUGAACCCCGGGUUCAGCCUAGUCUGCCAGCCUGUGGACUACAGUCAGGACCAGAAUGCCACCAGGCUGGCUGGGGCAUGUUACAUGUUCUUCCUCUCCAAGCUUGUGGAGCUGAUGGAUACAGUGGUGUUCAUCCUGCGUAAGAAGACCAGCCAAGUCUCUUUCCUGCACGUGUAUCACCACGCCACCAUGCCAAUGUUGUGGUUCGUAGGAGUGCGCUGGAUCCCUGGAGGAGAAUCGUACUUCUCAGCCACCCUGAACUCCUUCAUCCAUGUGGCGAUGUAUGCAUACUACCUGCUGGCCGCUGUGGGGCCCAGAAUGCAGCCCUACCUGUGGUGGAAACGUUACCUCACCACCCUGCAGCUGAUCCAGUUCCUGGCUAUUGUAGUCCACACCUCUGUGGCGAUCUACGUGUCUUGUGGCUUCCCCAACCAGUACAACACAGCGCUGAUCCUGUAUGGAAUCUCCCACAUCAUGCUUUUUGGCAACUUCUACAACGAGACAUACGUGGAUGCGAAGAAGAAGCGAGGGCGACGAUCAGAGGCACCGGCGGCUGCCAGGCCUGAACAGAAGCGCUACAAUCUACGACGACGAUCCACCCAACCAGGCGCGUACGCGCAAUAACGCGGACCACUCUACUUACAACUUCAAAAUGAUGUAGGCAGCUAUCAGUU